UGGCGGCUUUUUUAAAAGUUGAUGUCUCAAUGAUUAUCAUGUCUUCUUUUUAUUCAGUUUUCUACAGUCACCGAUGGUACUGUUUCAUCUACAUGUUGGGACUGUUAAUAGAUACAGCCCAUCUACACAAUUUAAUUGAAGGCGUUGAAGGAGAAUCCAUCAUCUUGCCAUGCAGUCACAAAAACAUUGCGCUUGAAGAACAUCAGAUAACAGUCCACUGGAGGCACAAAGACAUCCGAAAUGUCUAUGAUAUUAUCCACGGCCGGGUUUCUGUACAAGAACAGGACCCAGCGUAUAAAAACAGAACCACAGUUUUACCUAAAGAGUGUUCGAAAGGCGAUUUCUCUCUUAUACUCGCCGAUCUUCAGCGCUCUGAUGGAGGAAGUUAUCUCUGUUUUGUCCCAGAUGCAGGAGUUUUUCACAGUGUCCAACUGGUUGUCAAAGAAAGAUCAUUCUCAAAACACACAGCAGCUCAAGUAAGAAGCCACGGUACGAAAGCAAGACUGGGAAAAACUCUACAUUUCAUAAUUCCUGUAUUUGGAUUAAUUCUAUGGAUUGUUUAAAUGGGUCUUCUGGUUGCUCCACUG